AUGAGAGAAGUUAAUUUCAGUAUCCCAAAUGUCAACAAGGCAUCCGUGGGUAUCACGACUGCCCUCUACGAUCGACGAGCACUCGAUUGCACAUCCACACUACCAUUAAUCAAUUCACUAAACCACCUCGCAUACCUCACAACCUCGUCGGCUCGGAUAAGGGACAUCCUGACGGUCGAUGGCGGCGUCGAGAGACUGGUAUGCCUCCUCAAGGCCGGGCGGAGCAAGGAUAUGAUGGACAUGUGGAAGUGGAAUUUGGCUUUCCAGUGUGUUGUUAAUAUUGGAGUCCGAGGGUCGGAAAAUGUCCGGACGAGAGUGGUGGAGGCGGAUAUGGUCCCAGUCAUCGCUACAAUACUCGACAAUUAUAUCAAGGUAGUUGAUAGAUGUCGAGAAAAGGCAGAGGAGGCCAAGAAAGCACAAGAACAGCGUCUACACCAUACCUCACGAUCCAGCGAACACAGGGGCUCACACAAAGGAGCAUCAUUUGGGAACCGACCAUCCCGUUUCGAUACCGAGUUCCGAGCAUCACGAAGACAGCCUCCUCCACCCUCCAUCGACAUUCCUUCGACAUUCACAAAUGCUCCAUUGACAGCUGGGUCAGAUGCCAUGGAUAUAACUCCCACCGGUCCCCAAUUCGCCCUAACAUCUCCACCCGAGAGAACCACAUUCUCUGUUCACAGACACCACCACCACCAUCAUCACCAUCACAGAGGGCAAGAUGCCAGACAACACUUCUUACCUCCUUCUCGACACAAUAUCCAACCGCUAGCAACUGCUGUCCCUUCAAUGGAUGCUGCCGAUGGUUUCAACCUCAGACCAGUCCGAGAUGUUGAUCGUCUACCGUCCAUGGUCCCAGGUUUCCACGGUGGGCUGACAUCCCAGCCCGAAUCUCCAACAACCCCACUGCCUCCUAAUCAAUUGCGAUCGCCAACCGUUCGUCCUACAUCGAUGGCUCCACCAUCCGUGCGAUCACGGAGGCGGCCAUCAAUCCGUCACCAAGCUUCAAUGGCUGGUGAGCCCGAAGAUCCAAAUGCUGAUAGCAUGGCUUCCGACGAGUCUGGAGAGCCAGAAAUGUCGGGAGUCGGUGCUGGGGAUAUCCAAUCGACAGUCAAUAUUCAGGACAUCACCAUGGACGAGAACGAUAGCAUGCUCACAGCGGUUGAGACCCCUCUGGGACUGACCACGCCUACCGUAUCCGAGGCACAAGAUGCAGGUACAUUCAACAUCACACAUCGAUCCGUAAUCGAUGGCAGCAUGAUCAACGACGCUACAACUCCCACUGGACCAACUAUGGGCCUCUCCCCAGCCCAACCCGCCGCCGCAAACACACCACCCGCAAUGCCCAAUACCACCAUCCCUCGAUACCUACUUGACCGACCAACUCCCACUAGCGGUCAAGUCCUCGCGGCAAUGCCUAGAGACGAGGAUGUUCUCAUGUCUCUACAACUCCUCGCAUAUGUUUCAAAAUACUGCAACCUCCGAAGCUAUUUCCAGCGAUCUCAUCUUGUUCCAAAACUCAAGAUCGGCUCCGAACUCCACCUACUGGAUGUCGAAGACGGCUCUGCAUUCUCACCAUGCUCCUCAUCAUCCCCAACCUCAUCUAUCUCCGCCUGCGAUUCUGAAGAAGAAGAAUACCUUCUCCCAGACGACUUCAACAUCUUCCCUCUCGUCGAAAAGUUUACCGUUAGACAUCACAGUCAAGACAUGCAAUACUGGGCAGGAGUUGUGAUGCGAAACUUGUGUCGCAAGGAUGAUAGCCGUGGUGGAAUCCGACAAUGUGCAUAUUACCAAUGCGGUAAAUGGGAGGAAUUCACAAGGCAAUUCGCCAAAUGUCGCCGGUGCAGGAGGACAAAAUAUUGCAGCAAGGAAUGUCAAAAGAGUGCUUGGGUGUUCCACAGACAUUGGUGUGUUGCGGCGUCACAAUAG